GUGAAAUCUCACAGCUUAUUCUAAGGUUAUCCAAUUACGAACAUAGAAUAGAAAUGAAGAAAAGACUAAGCUUGAAGCAAAUUUUGGUGACUCUCUCCAACCUUGGCGUAUGUUUCUGCGUAAAACAUCUUGAUAGUAACAAGAUUCAAGUUUCUAACGCAGAGAUCAAGAAUGGAUCUGUAUGCCCCGAGGAUGAUUCAGUGUCUGAAGAGAAGGCUAUGGAAGGAACAAGGAGAAUCAAAGUGGUGAUAACUAGGAAACAACUGGAUCGCUUGUUGGCGAAGCAAGUUUCAUUGGAGCAGCUGGUUUUGGUGAAUCAGAGAACCUCUCUCAGAUAUUUUGACGAGAGUAAGUGGAUCCCAAGGCUUGAAUCUGUCAAUGAAUCACCUGAACUAUAAGAUUUUGUGUUUUUAGAUGUUUUUACAUAUUUUGCAGCUCAUGGUAUUGUCAUAUUUUACUAGAAGAUAUUUGUACUAGCUUUCUAAAACAUAAUGUAAGUAUCAUAAAGUGUUUUUGUAACUUCAGAGUUAAUAGACGAACAGAGCAAA